AUGAACAAAGUAAAAACAUCAUCUGAAAAAAGUGUUACUACCAGUUCUCGGACUAUGUCUCUGCUGUCACAGCUGGAGAAGAUCAAUUUGGACUCUGUAUUAGGAGAAGCAGACAAUGCCAGAUAUGUUACCUCAAAGAUCCUUCAUCUGGUUCAGAGUCAAGAAAAAACCAGGAAGGAGAUGACUUCUAAGGGUUCCAAUGGAAUAGAAGUUAUCCUGUCAACCCUAGAGAAUACAAAAGAUCCUCAAACUAUUCUAAAUAUAUUGAAUAUUCUCAUUGAGGUAGUCUCAGCUGGUGGUGGUCGAAGAGCAAGCGUCUUGGUCACCAAAGGAGGGACACAGAUCUUACUGCAGCUACUUUUGACUGCCAGCAAAGACUCACCACCAAAUGAAGAAUUAAUGGUGCUUCUUCACACUCUUCUUGCAAAAAUUGGUCCAAAAGACAAAAAGAUCGGCAUGAAAGCAAGAAUUAAUGGUGCCCUAAACAUAUCAUUUAAUUUAGUGAAGCAGAAUUUGCAGAACCACAGGCUAAUAUUGCCAUGUCUUCAAGUAUUAAGAGUUUACUCAACCAACUCUGUAAAUGCAGUGUCCUUGGGAAAGAAUGGAGUAGUAGAACUGAUGUUUAAGAUCAUUGGCCCUUUUAGUAAAAAGAACACGAGCCUUAUGAAGGUUGCUUUAGACACACUUGCUGCAUUGCUAAAAUCAAAAACAAAUGCCAGGAGAGCAGUAGACAGAGGAUACGUGCAGGUGCUUUUAAUGAUUUAUGUUGAUUGGCACCGUCAUGAUAGUCGACACAGAUACAUGCUGAUACGUAAAGGAGUUUUACAGUGCAUUAAAAGUAUUACAAACAUCAAAUUAGGAAGAAAAGCGUUCAUUGAUGCCAAUGGGAUGAAAAUUCUUUACAACACUUCACAAGAGUGCCUUGCAGUAAGAACUCUUGAUCCCCUUGUCAACACAUCCAGUCUAAUAAUGAGGAAAUGUUUUCCUAAAAAUCGUCUUCCUUUACCAACUAUUAAAAGUGCUUUCCAUUUCCAACUCCCAGUUAUUCCUGUCAGUGGUCCUGUGGCUCAGCUGUACAAUUUGCCUCCUGAUGUGGAUGAUGUAGUAGAUGAAAGUGAUGAUAACGAUGAUGCUGAAAUAGAUGAUGCAGAAAUUGAAGCUGAAAAUGAUGAUGACAAGGACCAACAUUUUAAGAAUGAUGAUAUUGAGACUGAUAUUAAUAAACUGAAACCUAGACAGGAAUUGGGAAGAGCCAUAGAAGAACUGAAAAUGUAUGAGCAAUUUUUCCCAGAACUUUCAGAAAACUUUCAGGAAUGUGACUUAGUUUCCAAGGAACCAAAGCCUUUUGUACCUGAUGCAAAUCUGAGUAGACCUAUUGUUGUUCCUACGGCAGGAGAGGAGCACUCUGCUGAAGCAAACGAAUCAAUGAAAGGAGUUGCUUUGAAGGAGAGCAAUCCUUUAUUGACAGAGGAAUACAAUAGAAGGCCAGCCUUUCUGGAACUACAAAAGAAAGAUAGUAUCAAAGACAGCGGUUUACAUCAGGAAAAUGAUCAAAGAAAUGUGCUUCCAUCAUGCCAGUGUCUAAGCCAAGAAAUUGUGAAAGGCUUGGACAGAAUCAGCCUGCAGAACAGUGCAAAAAAUGAUCAGUAUUAUGGUACAGGGUGUGUAAUAAAGAAGGAAAGCAAAGCUAGCCUUACCACGCUUGCUUGUAGUAAACCUUGUGAACAGGUUUCACCCUGUGGGGGUAGCCUCUUUGAGGGAUCAUCUGUCCAACUCGGAAAACUUUGCUGCACUGGAGUGGAUUCAGAGGAGGAGGAUUCCAGAUCUAGUUCAUCAGGGGAACAAGUCAUGCUUGAGGUUUCUGAUGUAUCACCAGUUCAUGACUGUGAUCUUUAUAUUGAAAUGGUAAAAACUACAAAGUCUAUUCCCGAAUAUUCGGAAGUGGCCUAUCCAGAUUAUUUUGGCCAUAUUCCACCCCCAUUUAAGGAGCCUAUUCUGGAAAGGCCAUAUGGAGUGCAGAGGACAAAAAUCUCCCAAGAUAUUGAAAGACUGAUUCAUCAAAAUGACAUUAUAGACAGAGUUGUGUAUGACCUUGAUAAUUUGAAUUGUUCAGUACCAGAGGAGGCAGAUGUUCUGAAGUUUAAUUCCAAAUUUGAAUCUGGAAAUCUGCGCAAAGUUAUUCAGAUCAGAAAAAACGAGUAUGAUCUAAUUCUGAACUCGGAUAUAAAUAGCAAUCAUUAUCACCAAUGGUUUUACUUUGAAGUCAGUGGAAUGAAAACUGGCGUUGGUUACCGGUUUAACAUCAUCAACUGUGAAAAGUCAAACAGUCAGUUUAACUACGGUAUGCAGCCCCUCAUGUAUUCUGUUCAGGAAGCAUUAAAUUCUCGACCAUGUUGGACUCGUGUUGGGACAGAUAUUUGUUACUAUAAGAAUCACUUUUCAAGAAGUUCAAUUGCUGCUGGAGGUCAGAAAGGAAAAUCUUAUUACACAAUUACAUUCACAGUGACUUUCCAACAUAAAGAUGAUGUCUGCUACUUUGCUUACCAUUAUCCAUAUACAUAUUCAACUUUAAAGAUGCAUCUUCAGAAGCUGGAAUCUAUGCACAACCCUCAACAGAUAUAUUUUCGACAAGAUGUUCUCUGUGAGACCCUGGCUGGCAACAGUUGUCCCUUAGUCACUAUUACAGCCAUGCCAGAAUCCAAUUAUUAUGAACAUAUCUGUCAGUUCAGGAAUCGUCCUUAUGUUUUCCUGUCUGCUCGUGUGCAUCCUGGAGAGACUAAUGCAAGCUGGGUUAUGAAGGGAACCCUGGAAUACCUUAUGAGCAAUAAUCCAAGUGCCCAAUGUUUACGAGAGUCUUAUAUUUUCAAAAUUAUUCCCAUGCUCAAUCCAGAUGGUGUCAUCAAUGGAAACCACCGUUGCUCUUUAAGUGGAGAAGAUUUAAACAGACAGUGGCAAAAUCCAAAUCCAGAUCUGCAUCCCACUAUUUACCAUGCUAAAGGGUUACUGCAAUAUCUGGCUGCUAUAAAACGUUUGCCUUUGGUCUACUGCGAUUAUCAUGGUCACUCUCGUAAAAAGAAUGUAUUUAUGUAUGGCUGCAGCAUCAAAGAGACAAUGUGGCACACUAAUGUUAAUGCUGCCUCUUGUGACGUAAUGGAAGACCCUAGUUACAGGGCACUCCCCAAGAUCCUGAGUCAAACUGCCCCAGCAUUCUGCAUGGGCAGCUGCAGCUUUGUAGUGGAAAAGUCCAAAGAAUCAACAGCACGAGUUGUUGUGUGGAGGGAGAUAGGAGUACAGAGGAGCUACACAAUGGAAAGCACGUUAUGUGGAUGUGACCAGGGCAAAUAUAAGGGAUUGCAGAUAGGGACAAGAGAACUGGAGGAGAUGGGAGCAAAGUUCUGUGUUGGCUUACUGCGUUUAAAAAGGAUGGCCUCACCUUUGGAAUACAAUCUGCAUUCUAGUCUGUUGGAUAUUGAAAAUGAGCUGAUUGAGUCAAGCUGUAAAGUGACAAG